AUGUCCAGAUCAAACAGUGUCAGCCCACCCGGAGUCGGUGCGCCUGUGUUGAGGGGAGGGACCGAGCACAGAUCAGCUUGGGGAGAGUCUGAGUCCGUGGCCAACGGGUGCCCAUACUCGGCCAGAUCCCCGCGCAAGAAGCUCACCCGGACUAACAGUCGGUGGAAGGAAGAGGAUGAUCCGGACCACCGGCAGCCCGGCCGAGCCUCUACGACCGUCAGCAGGGUCAGCUUCAGGUCCAGGUCGGCUUGGCAGGACCAUGGCGAGGAGAACCGAGGCCGCGCGUCCCCUAAACGCCCAGAGGACGAGGUGAGACCCAAGUCUGUAGAGCUGGGUCUGGAGGAGCGGAGAGCCAAGCCGAAGACCAACGACGAGGAGGUCAUGCCCGAUGUUAACUUUUCUUUAGUGGCGUGCUGCACCAGCGUCAUGCACGUUUUCAAAUCCAAGAAGUUCCAGUCGGAGAAAUUGGAGCGGCUCUACCAGCGCUACUUUUUCCGUCUCAACCAGAGCAGUCUGACCAUGCUCAUGGCGGUGCUGGUGCUGGUCUUCACGGUCAUGCUGGGUUUCCACUGCUCCGGCGGGGCGGCGAGGCCGAGCGUAACUUAUAUGGUGGUCUUUUCCGUUGCCAUCUUCCUCACACUCAUACUCAUGGUGGUCUGCAACAGGAACGGGUUUCACCAGGACCAUAUGUGGAUUGUGUGCUAUGUGGUCAUCCUGGUGGUGCUGGUGAUCCAGGUGAUCGGAGUGCUGCUCGUGCAACCCAGAAGUGCCUCGGAGGGGAUCUGGUGGACCGUGUUCUUCAUCCAUGUCAUCUACACUCUGCUGCCCGUCAGGAUGCGCGCCGCGGUCAUCACUGGAGUUAUUCUUUCCGCCAUCCACGUGGCUGUUUCUUGGAUGUUAAACGGCAUGGACAGCUUUCUGUGGAAGCAGAUAGUAUCCAACGUGCUAAUCUUCUCCUGCACCAACAUCGUGGGAGUGUGCACCCAUUACCCCGCCGAGGGCUCCCAGAGGCAGGCCUUCCAGGAGACCAGGGAAUGCAUCCAAGCUCGCCUCCACUCUCAGAGGGAGGUCCAGCAGCAGGAACGCCUCCUGCUCUCAGUGCUUCCCCGCCAUGUUGCCAUGGAGAUGAAAGCUGAUAUAAACGCCAAGCAGGAGGACAUGAUGUUUCACAAGAUCUAUAUCCAGAAGCACGACAACGUCAGCAUCUUAUUCGCAGACAUCGAGGGUUUCACCAUGCUGGCGUCCCAGUGCACAGCGCAGGAGUUGGUGAUGACUCUCAAUGAACUAUUUGCCCGUUUUGACAAGCUGGCAGCGGAGAACCACUGUCUGCGGAUUAAGAUCUUGGGAGACUGCUACUACUGUGUGUCUGGGCUGCCAGAGGCGAGGGCUGACCAUGCCCACUGCUGUGUGGAGAUGGGUUUGGACAUGAUAGAGGCCAUCUCGCUGGUACGGGAGGUAACUGGGGUAAAUGUGAACAUGCGAGUGGGUAUCCACAGUGGCAGGGUGCACUGCGGAGUGCUGGGACUCAGGAAGUGGCAGUUUGAUGUCUGGUCCAAUGACGUCACAUUAGCCAAUCAGAUGGAAGCUGGGGGCAAAGCUGGGCGUAUUCAUAUAACUAAGGCCACUAUGAAUUAUCUGAAUGGGGACUACGAUGUGGAGCCGGGAUCAGGGGGAGAGAGAAACGCCUACCUGAAGAAGAACAACAUAGAAACCUACCUCAUUGUGGGCUGCAGUCAGAAAAGGAAAGAGGAAAAGGCAAUGAUCGCCAAAAUGAACCGACAGAGGACCAACUCCGUCACCCACAACAGCGGCCACUGGACUGACCGUCCGUUCUACAACCAUCUGGGCGGGAACCAGGUCUCCAAGGAGAUGAAGAGGAUGGGUUUUGAAGACCCCAAGGACAAGCAUUUCAUUUUCAGAAACACGCAGGAAAACCUGAACCCAGAGGACGAGGUGGACGAGUUCCUGGGCCGCGCCAUCGACGCUCGCAGCAUCGACCGUCUGCGCUCCGAACACGUCAAGAAGUUCCUGCUCACCUUCAGAGAGCCUGACCUGGAGAAAAAGUACUCCAAACAGGUGGACUCGAGGUUCGGGGCUUACGUGGCCUGCGCCUCCCUCGUUUUUCUCUUCAUCUGCUUCAUCCAGAUCGUCAUUGUGCCACCCUCCAGUCUGAUGAUCGGCUUCUUUAUCACCUGUCUCAUUAUCCUGACAGCCGUCAUGUUCGUCUCAGCUGUCUACUGCUGCUUUGGGCUAUUCCCAGUCCCUCUGCAGACGCUCUCUAAGAGGAUAGUCCAGUCCAGGCUGAACAGCACCCUGGUGGGCGUCUUCACCAUCAUCAUCGUCUUUCUUUCAGCUUUCAUCAAUAUUUUCACCUGCAGCGGCCACGACCUGCAGAGCUGCAUCACAGCAGAGCUCAACAUCAGCCUGGACCGCGUUAACGCCUGCCACGCCCACCUCCUCAACUACAGCCUGGACACGCAGCACAGCCCCUGUGUAGACGACGCCCUCGUCUGCAGCUUUCCUGAGUACUUCUCGUCCUGCGUGCUGCUCAGCCUGCUGGCCUGCUCCGUCUUCCUGCAGGUCAGCAGCCUCGGGAAACUUUUCCUCAUGCUCUUCAUUGAGCUGCUCUACCUUCUCAUCAUGGAGGUGCCCAAAGUCAGCCUCUUCGACAACCAGGACCUGCUGGUCAUGGCCAACGCCAUCAACUUUGUCGAGCACAUGAAUGGAACAAGCUGUGUGAUGGACUCCAAGGUCCCUCUGAAGAUCAUGACCCCGGUGGUCAUCACCGUCUUCGUUCUCGCCCUCUACCUUCACGCCCAGCAGGUGGAGUCCACGGCCAGGCUGGACUUCCUCUGGAAGCUGCAGGCCACAGAGGAGAAGGAGGAGAUGGAGGAGCUGCAGGCAUACAACCGCCGUCUGCUCCACAACAUCCUACCCAAAGACGUGGCCGCCCACUUCCUGCAGCGCGAGAGGCGCAACGACGAGCUCUACUACCAGUCGUGCGAGUGCGUCGCUGUCAUGUUCGCCUCCAUCAGCAACUUCUCCGAGUUCUACGUGGAGCUGGAGGCCAACAACGAGGGAGUGGAGUGUCUGCGGCUGCUCAACGAGAUCAUCGCCGACUUUGAUGAGAUCAUUAGCGAAGAUCAGUUCCGUCAACUGGAGAAGAUCAAGACCAUCGGCUCCACCUACAUGGCGGCCUCAGGCCUCAACGACUCCACGUACGACAAGGCCGGGCGCUCGCACAUCCGCGCUCUAGCCGACUACGCCAUGAGGAUGAUGGACCAGAUGAAAUACAUCAACGAGCACUCCUUUAACAACUUCAAAAUGAAGAUAGGUCUUAACAUGGGCCCUGUGGUUGCCGGGGUGAUCGGGGCCAGGAAGCCUCAGUAUGACAUCUGGGGUAACACAGUGAACGUGGCGAGUCGCAUGGACAGCACAGGUGUACCGGAGAGGAUCCAGGUGACCGCAGACCUGUACCAGGUGCUGAGCUCCUACAACUACACACUGGAGUACAGGGGCGUAGUCACAGUGAAGGGCAAAGGAGAGAUGAUGACCUAUUUCCUCACCAGUGGACCCUCCAACAGUUAACCUGCGCUAAAUGACAAACAACACGCAGGGGUGUUAACUCCACCUCUGUCGCAAGGAGCCGCCUCAUGGACCUCUGACAGCUUACAGUGGACUGAGACCAGCUGAAGCGUCUCUUCUCACCGCGCAGGACCCUUCUCGAACCCAGAGGCCACAACGAGGACGGAUGAGAAAAGUCAUCCCAAAGCUCAGCUUGCGGGGGGAGACUGAGUGGGAGAGGCAUAGCUAGCCUGACUCUGACAUUGAGACCAAAGACGUCCAAUCAGAGCGUAAAAAACAAGAUUUCGCCAGCUUUGAGAGGUUCCUACAGGAAAAAAUGUUCUCUGAGAAAUUUUAUUUGCUUCAAUCUGCCAGAUUUUUCGGAGGGGUUCGGACAAACCUGCGGGAAGACGUGUCACUUCC